AUGCGGCACUCAUUUAGGCUGUCAAUCGCGCCGGCGAUUUGGUUGGCGGCGCUCGUCGAGGCUGAUGUAUCCUAUGUGACGGAUCUAGAGAUCUUUUCUCUUCUGGCCCCCUGCGCCUCCGAAGCCAUAUCCUACAACAUCGCGACAUUAACUUUCGGAACGAUUUGUGGCGACUCAGAAACCGCGCUGCAGUCAUGUGUAUGCUCAAAUACAGAGAGAUAUACCAGCAUAACAUCGUCGAUAUCCCGAGAUGUCAAAUACAGCUGCGGCAGUACGGCUACCGAAGAUCAACAGAGCGCAUCGAGUGUUAUGCAGAAAUACUGCACACAGAGUCUACCGAUUACAUUUUCAACUCCGACGAAGAACGUUGUCGAGGCCUACAUUACCGAUUUGAGCCAGAUGAAUUAUAUGCCACAAUGCGCACAGUCGGCCGUGUCGGCAGCUGUGAUUGGAGAUAAUUACUCCAAAUGUCCUGAAGCCGCCAAUCUCUAUGCUCCCUGUGUUUGCAGCAAGGAUGGAAUACCUGCCGCAGUCACCGACAGCAUUAGUAAAUAUGUUCGGUACUCCUGCUCUGGUGGAGGCGACAUUAGCGAUGCUGUGGGAUUUUACAGCGAAUACUGCGCCAUGAACAAUGGAACGACGACGUUUACCGAGCCUCCAGGCCCUCCGGGAGACAUGACAUAUCAUAUCACCGCUUUGCCGCAAUUCAAAUCGCUGCGAACAUGCGCUCAGAGUGGAGUUGCAUCUGCCAUCCUCGAUCAAACCGAAAAUUACUGCGCAACUGGCCCCCAGGCCCUCGCCUCAUGCGUGUGCCUCAAAUCCGGCAUGAGCGGCAGAGUUUUAAGUGAACUCACAUCAUCCGUCAAAUGGAACUGCGACAACACCGCCACCGCAGACGUCACCUCGGCUCUCGAUGUCUUUGCAUACUACUGUAGUGCAGCUGCAAAAGAAGUUGUUGUAUCAGUUACCGAUACCGCGACGGAGACGUAUCCCCAUCCUACCAAUCGUGAUACUGCACUUCCUUCAAGCCCUACAGAGACAGGCAGCAGCGGUAGUGUUCGUGGUAGCAGUGGCGGAAGUAGUCCCAGCCAAAGUGGAAAAGAUGGAUCUUCUUCCGGUGGAGAAGGAAAAGACAAUUCGAGCUCAAUCAACAAGACGGCCGUGAUUGCAGCGUGUGUGCUGGGAGGCGUUGUUCUCAUUGCUGGCAUCGGUCUCGUCGCAUUCUUCGUACGUCGAAAACGCAACAGGCAGGCGAGAGGAGAGGCGUUGCCGCCGACAUCAGAGGGCCCCAGCUAUCAAGGACCUCCAGAGCUGGAAAACACUGCCAAGAUGGGGCCCAACGUCGCGGUUGUUCCCGAGCUUCAUAGCACCGAGAGGCAAGAGCUUCAAGGAAAUGUUACACCUUAUAGCCUGCCGCCUGGUUACAACACUCCACGACCAGAGCUUCAGGGCAAUUCCGAAUACAAGCCAUCUAUUUCUCCACAGCCUGGAAUGGGAUAUCAGCCGCCCCAUUCGCCUCACCCCACUGUUUCUCCUGCAACGCCAAAUACGUAUGGGGCAGGGUGGCAGUCUGGGCCAGUUGCAGAAACUUAUGAGCUGGAUUCGGCACCGUGGAAAGCUUCUUCAUAA